CAAAGCCAUGUAAGGUCUGUGCAUAUCACUGCAGCCAGCUCAGACCCGCCUCCCAACUCUGACUGCAGCCUCCCUGCUCCCCACCCUCAGCAAAAGCAUCAGAAUACAAGAAGCUCUGCUAGCACCCAGACUCUUAGCCAAGAGGGCUUUAUUGCUGAUAGAAGCCUGUCCUUCUUCAAGGAAGGAUGACCCAGAAGACCACCCUGGUGCUGCUUGCUCUGGCUGUCAUCACCAUCUUUGCCUUGGUGUGUGUCUUGUUAGCUGGUAGGAGUGGAGAUGGGGGUGGACUGAGCCAACCUCCCCAAUGCCCCUCCAUUCCUCCUACUGCCCAACCCUGGACACACCCUGGCGGGAGCCAGCUAUUUACAGACCUGAACCCUGAGGAGCUAACAGCUGUGAUGAGCUUCCUGACCAAGCACCUAGGGCCAGGGCUGGUGGAUGCAGCCCAGGCUCUGCCCUCGGACAACUGCGUCUUCUCGGUGGAGUUGCAGCUGCCUGCCAAGGCCUUGGCCCUGGCCCAUCUGGACAGAGGGGGGCGCCCACCUCCCCGGGAGGCGCUGGCCAUCAUCUUCUUUGGUGCACAACCCCAACCCAAUGUGACUGAGCUGGUGGUGGGGCCCCUGCCUCUCCCUUCCUACAUGCGGGAUGUGACUGUGGAGCGUCAUGGUGGCCCUCUGCCUUAUUACCGACGUCCUGUGCUAGCCAAAGAGUAUAGUGAUAUCGACCAGAUGAUCAUCCACAAAGAGCUGCGUCAUGUUUCUGGGCUCCUUCAUCAUUGUUGCUUCUACAAACACGGUGGACACAACCUGCUAACAAUGACGACAGCCCCUCGUGGUCUGCAGUCGGGGGACCGAGUCACCUGGUUUGGCCUGUACUACAACCUCUCAGGGGCUGGGUUUUACCUACAUCCUAUUGGCUUGGAGCUCCUGGUGAACCACAAGGCCCUGAACCCGGACAUGUGGACCAUCCAGAAAGUGUUCUAUCAAGGCCGCUACUUUGAUAGUCUGGCUCAGCUGGAGGACCACUUUGAGUCUGGCCAGCUAAAUGUGGUGUUGGUACCAGACAAUGGUACAGGUGGGUCCUGGUCCCUAAAACCUCCAGUGCCACCAGGCCCAGCGCCUCCUUUGCAGUUCCAUCCGCAGGGACCCCGCUUUAGUGUCCAGGGAUAUCAAGUGGCCUCUUCACUGUGGACUUUCUCUUUUGGCCUUGGAGCUUUCAAUGGCCCAAGGGUCUUUGAUGUCCGCUUUAAAGGGGAGAGGGUGGCCUAUGAAAUUAGUGUCCAGGAGGCCAUCGCCCUGUAUGGGGGCAAUUCCCCAGCAGCAAUGCUUACCUGCUAUAUGGACGGUAACUUUGGCAUUGGCAAAUACUCUACCCCCCUGACCCGUGGGGUGGACUGUCCUUACCUUGCCACCUACUUGGACUGGCAUUUCCUUCUGGAAUCUCAGACCCCCAAGACACUACGUGAUGCGUUUUGUGUGUUUGAACACAACCAGGGCCUCCCACUACGGCGACACCACUCAGAUUUCUACUCCCACUAUUUUGGGGGUGUUGUGGAGACAGUGCUCGUGGUUAGAUCCGUGUCUACCCUGCUCAAUUAUGACUAUGUGUGGGACAUGAUCUUCCACCCCAACGGGGCCAUAGAAGUCAAAUUCCAUGCCACAGGCUACAUCAGCUCUGCGUUCUUCUUCGGUGCUGGUGAAAAGUUUGGGAACCGAGUUGCAGAGCACACACUGGGCACAGUACACACCCACAGUGCUCACUUCAAAGUGGACCUGGAUGUGGCAGGGCUGAAGAACUGGGCAUGGGCAGAGGACAUGGCUUUUGUCCCCACGAACAUAUCUUGGCGCCCUGAGUACCAGAUACAAAGGCUGCAGGUGACUCGCAAGCUGCUGGAGACAGAGGAGGAGGCUGCUUUCCCCCUGGGCAGUGCCACCCCACGCUACCUGUACUUGGCCAGUAACCACAGCAACAAAUGGGGUCAUAGGCGAGGCUACCGCAUCCAAGUAUUCAGCUUUGCUGGGGAGCCACUGCCUCAGAAAAGCCCCAUCGAGAAAGCCUUCAGUUGGGGAAGGUACCACUUUGCUGUGACCCAGAGGAAGGAGGAGGAGCCUAGUAGCACUAGCAUCUUCAACCAGAAUGACCCGUGGACCCCCACUGUGGAUUUCGCUGACUUCAUCAGUAAUGAGACCAUUGCUGGAGAGGACUUGGUAGCCUGGGUGACAGCCGGUUUUUUGCACAUCCCACACGCAGAAGACAUUCCCAACACGGUGACUGUGGGGAAUGGGGUGGGUUUCUUCCUCCGACCCUACAACUUUUUUGAUGAGGACCCCUCCUUCUACUCUGCUGAUUCUAUCUAUUUCCGGGAGGGCCAGGAUGCCAGUGCCUGUGAGGUCAACCCUCUGGCUUGCCUGUCCCAGACUGCCACCUGUACCCCUGACCUCCCUGCCUUCUCCCAUGGAGGCUUUACUCACAAAUAAGUGUCCCCUGGAUGGGCAGUCUAGCUGGGGUUCCUGGGGCAGAGCUGGGGAGUAGAGCAACAGCUGGCGGUGCACAGGGCAGUCUGGUUCUCUCUUCUGUCCUCACUCACAUCUCUCAAGUUCCCUCUUUCUUCUGCUGCCCUCUUUGUAAUUCCCUCUCGGCCUGGAGCAACCUGAGCCCAUGACGCCUGACGCCUGAUGCACAGGACAGGGACAGGGCUUUGUUGAUCUUGGCUGUGCUGAGUUCCUAUCUUGGGAAAAGAGUAGCCUGUCUGGAGUGAUGGCUAUGGGUUUUUUCCAGAUGGUUCUUUUUUUUUUUUUUUUUUUAAAUCCUCUGGCUUUUAUUAACAAUUUUUAUAGUCACUUUGAGGACUCAGAAAUGAGGAUAAUUCUUUAGCGACUCCAAAGCAGAGUCUCCCUGAGUCUUGAACAUCUACAGAUGAGCUGAAAGGGACUCCUGUACACAACUGCUUUCACUUAAGCCUCUCUUCUCUCCUUCCUCUUUCUUGCCCACACCUCCUGGAGUUCCUGCUUGCUUUUACAUUCUAGGAUUUCCCACUCGGUCCAAAAGGGAUGUCCAUCCUUUGUGUUCUCUCGCCCUCAUUUCUUAACUACAGUCCCUUUUCCUGGUCCCGAGUCUGUGGAAGUCUCAGAGAUGCAAUGGGACGUCUUACUGGAAAGGACCAAGCUUGUCUGUCAACCUAACAUCUAUCACAUGCCAAAAGUAGGAAUUGUCCCUGCUACAGCCCUGCUUUGCACUCUCUACAAGAAGAUGGUCAGAGGGACAACGGGUGGCUUGGAGUUGCUGUAAUUAUAACAACUGGUUAUUUUUAUAUUUCACGGCUCUGAGUGACACAGCCUCUGUGUCCUGCAGUAGCCAGUUUGAGACAGUGGAGUAGGAACCAUGUGAGGGCAUCAAAGGCGAGAAGGGGCAAGCCCUGGGGCUCCAUGCCCAAAACAAGGGCUGUCCAAUCAGAAGCAGGCAAGCAAACAAGUCCUAUAGAGAGGGGCAUGGCUUGGUGUGACCUACUUCAGGGUUUCCCAUCACUGCUUGGCUUUCCUGAGGUCUGGACAGGGGAUGGUACAAAGUAACACCAAGUGACUGGAAACAAGUUCUAUCAUUCCCGAGCACACUGACCAGGCCAGGCCCAUUGAGACACAGUCUUACAGUGCAAUCCAACUAAGCUAAAAACUGUUGUAUGUCAUUACACGUUGCUAGAAGUAACUGUCAAGGGGAAAGGGCAUGUAGAAAUGUUUGUAGUUCAUUCCCUGCCUGUGUUUUUAAAGGAAGGAGACUAUAGAGGGAUGUGAUAGCACACAGCUGCAAUCCUAGACUCCAUGUUGGGGCUGGACUGAGCUACACAGUGAGACCUUGUCUCACAAAACCAAGGGCUAGAAAUGUGACUCUGUGGUAGAGCACCCGAGGCACAAUUUUUACAUAUAUAUAUAUAUAUAUAUAUAUAUAUAUAUAUAUAUAUAUUUGCCCAUCGUGUACAAGGUCUUGGGUUGAAUUCUCAGCACCAUUUAAAAGGCAAGAAAGGCACUGGAGAGGUGGCUCAGUGGUAAAGAGUGCACACACUGCUCUUGCAGGGGACCCAGGUUUGAAUCCCAGCAUUCAUAUUAAAUGCUCACAACUACCUGUGACUCGCGCUCUGGGAGGCACAAUGUCCUUUGCAUGGACACCUAUACAUAUGCGCAUACCCACCACAGAUGCAUAUAUGUAAAUAAAAAGACAAAAGAAAAGUGAAAAAUGAGGAUGAAAGUAUAUAUUUGUCUAUUUCUGCACUGACUACCUAUGGGGAGGAAGAUGGGUGAGUGUGGAAAUUGGGUACUGCCUGCCAUUCAGAAUACCCUGAAUUUUGAACCAUGUGACUAUAUUGCUUCAUUAAAAUAAAUGGGUCCAAGCCA